AUGAGCAAUACAAUAGAUGAAAAGGUUCCCGAAAUAAUAAUAGAACAGCGAAGCUUAUCACCCUCCCUUGUCAAAAAAAAGUCAUUUUUGGAUGAUAAUGCUAGUGAUGCUAGUAGUAUUAGAGGAAAAGAAAGGUUCAAGGCUGUAACUAAGAAAGUUAUUGCUGUCCAACGCCUUCUUUCAGCGGACCAGAUUUUUUCUGUCGGUCAGGACCCAGGAAUUGACCCAAGAACUGUUGAUUAUGAUCUUCAUACCAAGUGUGAUAUUUUUUGUUCAGAUUUUAGCGAAGAAUGUGCAUUUAAUGUCGAAAGAUUAUCAAACGAAUCAUUAGAAGCUUUCCUUCAAAAACCACGUCCUUCAGAAAGUAAAGUACGAUGGAUUAAUGUCGAUGGAAUUUCUUGGGAUGUUAUUAAAACUCUUGCCAUCCAUUAUGACUUGCACCCGUUAGCUAUUGAAGAUACUUUACAGAGUUCUCAACGAACGAAAUUGGAUCAAUAUAAAGAUCAUAUUUAUAUCUCGCUACUACUUCAUACUCUAGUCAAUUCAGAAAAAGAGCUUCAAGUAGAUAAUGAUGAUAUUUCGUCUAAUGGAAGAAUGAACUCUCGCCAGGAUUUGUUACAUCAUGGUCAUCGUGAAGAUAGCAAAUAUUUGGAGGCUCAUAGAAUCUUUAGGAGGCAAAAAUUAUAUGUUGCUGUUGAAACAGUUAACAUCUUCUUAUUAACCAAUGAUAUUCUUCUUACCAUAUUCCAAUAUAAUGGAAAACAAGUUUAUAAGCCCAUCCUUUCACGUAUUCAUCAACCCAAGACGUUAUUAAGAACUGUACAAGAUUCGAGUUUAUUAAUGGAAGCUGUUAUUGAUGCUAUCGAUUCUUAUCGACAUCAGAUAGCUGAAUUGGAAGGAAGGUUACUGAUUCGACCAAAGAUGUAUCACACACAUGAACUUCAUAUGAUUUCUGGAGAAUUGACUAUUCUUAAAAGGACUUUGGGACCUAUCCAGGGUUUGGUUAGCUUGUUAAGAAAACACAAUGAUGAAUUCAAUGAUGAUAAAAAGCUCAUUUCUUCCAUAGCCAAAACUUAUUUUAUGGACGUGGCGGAUCAUUGCGCAGAAAUUGUAGAUGACCUAGACACUAUGACUAAAAUAACGGAGAGUUUAGUUAAUAUGGUUUUCAAUAUGAUUUCUUAUGAGACAAAUGAAAACAUGAGAAUCAUCGCAAUGUUUAGUAUCGUUUUCUUACCGAUGACUUUCAUAGCAGGAUAUUACGGAAUGAACUUUGAUGAAAGCAGAUUCCCUGAUUUGUAUAAACCAAUAAGUUACUUUUGGAAGGUCACUAUACCUAGUACUCUUUUAAUGUUUAUUGCAGGAACUUAUUCUAUAUGGACAAAAUGGGUGUCCAGUUUCAUUAGGUAUCUAUAUAAGAGGAAAGCAAUGAAACAAGAUGAAGCCGCGAAAGCCCAACGAUCCGGAUCGUAA